UCUGCCGCGCCUCCCGGAAGUUGCCGGUGUUGGAGCCACGAUCCGGAGCGUGAAGUCGGGGCGGGGGUUGGCGGAGCAGCUGCCGGGGAGCCGGCGGCGGAACGCGCGAGGACCAGGCAGGCUUGGGGCCCGAGAUCAUGGCAGCCUCUCAGCCCCUGUCGCGUCAGCUGGAGCGGCUGUUGGACCCGCGGCCGAGCGAGGUGGACCCCGAGGCGGAUCCCGAGGAGGCCACUGCUGCUCGAGUUAUUGACAGAUUUGAUGAGGGUGAAGAUGAAGACAGUGACCUCCCUCGUGUGGGAAACAUUAGGAAAAGGGCCUUUGCCUCUCUCUUAGAUACAGACAAACGAUAUUCAGGCAAGACUACUUCUCGAAAGGCUUUGAAAGAAGACCUGUGGGAACAACCUCUAUCAGAAAUGUCUGACAGAGAUGCAUCUGAUGAAGAGUCAGAGAACACAGGGCUAGUGGAGUCUGAUGAGGAACAAAGGAGUUCUGCUAAGGAGCUGGAAUCAAGUGAUGGUGGGGGAAGUGGUUUGGAAGACAAAGGCCAGAGAGAGAAGAGGGACACUCAUUCUUCAGGCUUAAGUUUCCAGAGCAUCAGUGACUUUCAGAAAUUCACUGAGGGAAUGGAUGAUGUUGGCAGUGGUGAGGAAGAAGAAGAAGAAAACAGCAUGGAAGAGGAAGCUGAUGAGGAAGGAGACGGAGAGGAAAUUGAGGAGGCUGUGCCUGAAGACAAAAAUGAUGAUGAGACAGUGAGGACCUUCUCAGGAGGCAAAGUGUCAGAGGAAGUGGAGAAAGGGAGAGCUGUGAAGAACCAAAUAGCGCUGUGGGACCAGCUCUUGGAAGGGAGGAUCAAGCUGCAGAAAGCUCUGCUGACAACUAACCAGCUUCCCCAGCCAGAUGUUUUUCCUAUUUUCAAGGACAAAGGCGGGUCAGAGUUUGCCAGUGCCCUGAAAAACAGCCACAAGGCACUUAAAGCAUUGCUUACGUCAUUGGUGGAUCUUCAGGAGGAACUGCUUUACCAGUAUCCAGACACAAGAUACCUCGUAGAUGGAACAAAACCUGAAGAAGAAAGUGAGGAAGAGAUCCCCAGUGAGGAGGAAGAGGCCAUGGUGAGGGAGUAUCAGCAGAGGAGAGGCCCUCCCAAGAGAAAGCUGGGGAUGGAUGACUAUCCGGGCUUUAUGGCAAAGCGCUUUGCUGAUUUCACAGCCUACAGGAACCGUACACUUCAGAAAUGGCAUGACAAAACUAGAUUGGCUUCUGGCAAGCUGGGGAAGGGUUUUGGUGCCUUUGAGCACUCAGUCUUGACUCAGAUUGACCAUAUUCUGAUGGACAAAGAGAGAUUGCUCCGAAGAACACAGACGAAGCGCUCCGUGUACCGUGUGCUUGGCAGAGCUGAGCCAGUAGCUGAGCUCGUUCCUGAGAAUUUGCCAGGGCAGCUGGAAAUAUUGCCUGAAGUCCCAGCCAAUGCUCACCUGAAAGACUUGGAUGAAGAGAUCUUCGAUGAUGAUGAUUUUUAUCACCAGCUCCUCCGAGAACUCAUAGAACGGAAGACCAGUUCCUUGGAUCCUAAUGAUCAGGUGGCUAUGGGCAGGCAGUGGUUGGCCAUCCAGAAGUUACGAAGUAAAAUUCACAAAAAAGUAGAUAGAAAAGCCAGCAAAGGAAGGAAACUCCGGUAUCAUGUCCUUAGCAAGCUGCUGAGCUUCAUGGCACCUAUUGACCACACUACAAUGAAUGAUGAUGCCAGGACAGAGCUUUAUCGAUCACUCUUUGGAAAAGUCAGCACACCUGCAGAAGGCCCUCUAAAUUAGGGUUACCCACCCCUUUCCAGGCGAGUGUGUCUUUUCUACUAGAAUUGAAGAGACAGCCCUAGAACAAGAAGCUGUCUCCAUAUGCAGUUGUGGCUGUUCAUCUAGUUAAGCGAUUGACACCUCUUUGACACCUGAGGCUGAAUUUAGUGGGAGAGCUAGAGCAGUCCCUCUGGAAGAAGUAUCUCUAAUAUGCACCCACUCAUAACACCUGUCGGAUACCUCCAGGACAUUAAGGAUCCUCUCCCUCUCCCUUUCUUAAAAGUGUCUUCAGGGCUUUGUGUGCCAAGAGAGCCAUCCCUCAUGUCUUCGAUGAUCACAGAGAAGUGCUGUUGGUUUUGCUGCUUGUAAACAUUUUGAAAGCAUCAUCAGUUAAAGGACCCGGUGUUCUAUUGGAAUGUUCAGUAAUUGGUUGAGAAUUAUUCUUUCAAGCAAGAAGCUAUUUGAGUAGACGUUGGGACUGCGUGCCGUAAGACUUCACUGAAAGAAGACAGCCUGAGAAAAAUGCUACUUGUCUUGAUCAGAAGUUUUUCAUGGCUCUGAGCCACAAGGCACUGUAGAAAAUCCUGAUGGUCACACCCACCCUUUUUUUGCAGCUUAGAAAUAUUUGUGAAUUUUCAGCUAAAUAUUGAUCUCUCGACUUUCUCUUCUUUGUUUUCCUCUAACUGAUAAGGAUUCUUUCAGAAUCCUUUCUCACCACUCAUGACACUUUAUUGAGGUUAACUCUGGUGUAAAUCUAGCAGGAGCAGAUGAUUCACUUGUUUUCCAUCCAAAGGUCAAAAGCUGGAAAUUAAAUCCCCAUAAGGGGGAUUUAUUGGCCUGCUGUGGUCAAUCACAAUGAAGAUGAUCGUGCAUAAGUAAUGCAUGCAUAUGGAUGGAGCAGCACGUGGAGCCAAGUGCUCAGCUGUACCCUUUGCUCUGCCCAAGUCUUUAUUUGAUGCCUUAGAGUCUAAGAAGAGACCCUUAGACUGGCUCACAAAGUGUAAUUGUCAUAAAUACAGAGUUGUGGUUUGGGAAAUAAUAUUUUGGUGAUGAAAACAUCAAAACAGAAUUACAGAUUCUUAUUUUACAUGCAUAUAUGUCUUCUAAGAACAAGAUGGGAGCAAAUAGAAGGGAAGAAGGUUGUCCCACUCUAAUUAAUUGGUCCUUUUUUCAUGGUGACUUGUUUUUCCUGCCUUGAUAUUCACCUCUUGGGUUUGCCUGUCAAGGAAACAUAAAAUUUUCAGUGCUGCUCCAUUUCCAGAAAAUAUCAAUCACCAGAAAUAUGAGGCAUCACUCAAAAAGGGAUCUCUUUUUUGAAUAUAAUGUAUGAUUCUUUCCAUCUGGCCUGAGGACUUUCAGAUAAUGCAUAUUAUAACAGCACGUAAAUAACUCUUUAAUAUUUCUAUGAACGUUAACACCCAGCUUGCUUUCUUAAGGGGAUCAGGCCUUUUGUCACUGUCAUAUUUUAUCAGGUGAAGAAUGAGAUCUAAAUAGGUGUUCCAGAAUCUUUGGAGCAAAUAUGCUUAAUUAAAGUGAAUGAGAAGUUGGGAGCAAUGUGAAAUACCGAACAGGCAAGGGGUUUUCAUCGAAGGGAGGCCCAUGUUUUAAAAUUCAGAAUACCACCCUCUUUUCAGCCAAGAAUAAAUUGGAAACUAUUUUAAUUGACACGGAUACUGCAAUUCAACUGUUACUAGAAAGACAGAUUAGUUGAUUGAUUUGCAUUUUAAUAAAACUAAUACUUUACAUUUUGGUGGCUAAUGCUGAUUUUUAAAUGAGUUCAGAGCUGUUAUCUAGAGUUUCAAUCUAGAGACCUUUUUCAGUGUUGACUGAUUCUUUCCUUUGUAUGGAGUUUUGCGUAUUUUAUUUUUGACCAGCUGACUACUUAUGGCAGCUACUAACCAGGGACCAUGAAGAGCCCAGCAGUACACUGUCGUAGGCAGAAGGAAGGGAGAUUUUGAAGAGCUGAGUAAUGUCCAAAAUGUGAUAGCAAUCCUUUCCUAUCUUCCUUCUGUGCCACAGAUAUAAGUAGCCAGGAAAGGCUCAUUGAGCUCUCCUUCUCUUCACUAUAUAUGAGAGCUUUGUCAAUGCUGGCUUUAAUGUUGCAUUGGGCCUCAUCCACCAUUCUUUGUCACAUACAGCAUGAAGGAGGAGGUGGCCUGCUGGGCCGAGGACUGGUCCUGAAGUUCAUUCCUUGCUCCCUAGGGGAUGUUUCAGCUCAUUGUCUUCCUCUGGAAGGAUGAAGAAGCUAUGGCCCUUAAAGUGCUUUGAGAUGCUUGAUUGAGAGAUGGCAGAUAAAGUGGCACCAUCAGUCUCCAUAGUUUCUCCCUUCCUUGGCCUUCCCCCCACCCCCCUGUGGAUCAUGGUGUCCCUCACAUCUUAUUUGCUCUCUACUCUUGCCUCCAGUUCUCUUGCUUGUUGCUGCUUGAACCUUUUGUCCCAAUGUCGUCCUAGAUUUGUAGAGGGGCAGGGGACGGUGGCUUGUGUUGGCUUAAGUUUAUGAAGGUUGAACUGUACUGUCUUUUCCUAUGUAAGCAUAUUCUCACUGGAACCUUUUCUAUUGUUUUUUCCCUCCUUUGUAAAACCCCUUGGUGAGUGUUCUUCACAGAUUUGUUCUGACCUCAUUUAGCUUUUGGACUGAGAUAGCAAAUACAGGAUUCUAUUGGUCUUGACCCCUAUCCUCCCUUUUCCCCUAUCCCUAGCUUGCCCUGAAUUUUGUAAGGACUGCUAAAUAUUCCCUAGGAUUCUUUAUUCUGUAUGGCCACUUUAUACCAGUUGAUCUAAAAGGAGGACUGAGUCUGUGCCCCUGAAUUGAUCCAGAAUGUGCCUUUUGAAGUACAUUGGGGCUUUAGCAUUUCCUGCGGCUUCCUUCCACAGACAUUUAAUGCAUUAGUGCCAAUAUCCUUUUCUCCCGUGGGCCACAUUCAAGAAAUGGGAAGUGUCAUAGCUUAGCACAAACUUUCCAAAUGACUAGAGUUGACCGAUUUUUAUAGGGACACUCCUUGAGGCCACCAGGUACAGAAAAUCAGAAGUGUUUGGUUCCAGCAUAUCAUUCUCUUCCUCUGGCUGUACCUCCUGCAUUUUUUAUGUGUACAGAUAAUCUGAUGACGUUUGUAUUCAUAUGAGAUUUUCCCCAUUUAAUAAAAACCUACCUCUUUGCUUUUUCCUUCA